AUGGUUACCUCAUCGCGAAGUAAAAAUCCCUUAUGGAAUUAUUUUAAAGUGAGUGAUGAAGAUGUUGCAAAGUAUGCAGAUGGCAAAGCCAUCUGCAUACUUUGCAAGAAGAUUUUGUCUAGAGGAAGUAAAAACGCACACAACAUGUCAACAACAAAUUUACAAAACCAUCUGAAAAAAGUACAUUACAAUAUACAUUGCAUGAUUCUUUCUCAGAAGAAAACUGUUAAUCACGAAUCUUUACCAGAUCCAAAUGAAAAGUCUAUAAAACAAUUUUGCACUACUCGAACAAUAUGCUCAGAUAGAACAAGCUCCGCCGAAUCAGUCACACUGCAGGAGAUUUUGCAAAGAAAAGAAUUGUGGCUUGACAAUCCUAAGGCUCAAGCUAUUACCAAGCUUAUUGGAGAAAUGAUAUGUUUAGACUUGCAGCCAUACUGUAUUGUUGAAGAUAAAGGUUUUGCCCGAUUUUUAAAGAAUCUAGCUCCAAACUAUACAAUACCUAGUCGAAAGUAUUUCUCCACAAAAGUCAUUCCACUGAUGUAUGAAACCAUAAAAUUCAAAGUAAAAUAUCAAGCAGAUUUCUUAAGUUUAACUAGUGACGGUUGGACCUGUCAGCACACAAUUCAAUCGUAUUACAAUUUAACUACUAGAUUUGUAACACAUGAGUUUACAGUUAAACAUGUCAUCUUACAAGUUACACACUUCCCUGAGUCGCACACAGGGCACAAUAUAAGUAAAUUCAUAAAUGAAGCGCUACAAUCAUGUGAAAUUCCCCAUCAAAAAAUUCAUGCAGUUUUAACUGAUAAUGCAGCCAAUAUAAUUGUUGCCAUUAAAGAGUCAAAUUUGAGCAAUAAACAUCUUCCAUGUCUGGUACAUACUUUACAACGUUGA